AUUUCGGGACCUCCGCCAUCAUAAAUUCAAAAUCCACACGCCGAAUUGAAGGCUUGAUGCUCAAUCCCCGAAAAGCUUACAAUCCAUAUCUCUCCGCCGACGCUCAACCGUCUUCAAGACUUCGGUCGGUUGUCAAGGAUUCGGAUUAUGUAAUUCAUUUUUUUGUUUAAUUUGCGUCUGCUAAAGCAGGAUCUUAAAGCUGUCUAAGUUAUUAUGGCGAGAGGAGGUAGAACCAGCCAGCUGCCGGAAGAAAUACUUGACCAUAUUUUGGGAUUAUUGCCUAUCCAAGAAGCUGCUAAAACUGCAGUUCUGUCUACGGUUUGGAGGGAUCUCUGGACCACUCUCACUCAGCUUUGCUUUGAUGAUCACUUCUUUAAGUGUUUUGAGAAAAAUUAUCCGUGGGCUGGGGAAUAUAGGUUUUACGUAUUCACCAAAAUUCUGUUGCAGCAUAAGGGAACUAUUAGGAAAUGUGUCAUUAAUUUAUCUCAUGCUAGGAUUCCUCAUGUGUGGUCUCUCUCCUUUGACUGUGAUAAGUGGUUAUCUUUAGUUACAUCUAAAGGUGUUCAAGAACUCCUCCUAAAUUUUGGGUUUCCAAAAUACAAGCUGCCCAACUGUAUCUUUUCGUGCAAAACACUCACGACCUUGCAUCUUCGAGGUUUCUCCAUCGAACCAUUGAAUUUGCCUUGCACGUUGCCGCCUAAUCUCACAUCACUUUGUUUGGAAUAUGUUACAUUUGCUCCUACAAAUGUUUCAAAUUAUGUUGUUGACGUUCCUAUGCUGAAGAACCUGUCCUUUCGGAGUUGCACGAAUAUAUUACACUUCAAAACUACUGCUAGAAACCUUUGCAGUUUGACAAUUAAUGGUUUAUGUGGUGAACUUGACCAAUCUCUCUGGCUCAACUUUGACUUGAAAUCUAUCCGUACUCUUGACUUGGGCUAUUGGUCUCUCCAGAAUUUUCUUGGCCCAAGAGCUCAAUUUCAGCCGAAUGCGCUGAGUGUGGAAUUGGUGAAGCUAUCGGGACUUUGUUUCGAAUAUCAUGUUGACGUCUCUGCAUUUGUAUGCUUGCUAUGCGUAUGCCCGAAGUUAUGCGAACUUGAAAUAACUUUUUCGGUAAAAAAAGUAUCACUUCUAUUUAAUGUCAACACAUUUAGUAAAGUUGUGGUUUUCAUGUUCUUCUGCGUGUUGGGCUACCAAAAUAUUGUGGGUAAACCUCUUAUUUGGCCACCAAUAGUAUGAAGUUCAUACGUCCUCCGUCCCAUUUUACCUGUCCUGGUUUUUUGUUAGGUGUCCCAAAAUAAGUGUCGAAUUUCCCGUUUUUGGAAAAAAUAUGUGAUUUACGGGAUUUCACUUUAUUAUAGUUAAAUCUAAACUAGAACUUUUACUUUCUCAACUUCUUUGUUAAUAAUUGUCACAAACAAAACUAGGACACAUAAAAUGGGAUGAAUGUAGUAAUAUUUUAUCUGUGGUAUAUAAUGUUGAACCUUUUAUUUAUUUUUUUCUUUUUUUUUGCUUUUACUUAGGAGACAUCACUGGACUUUGAAGCUAUAGAUGCUACAUCAAAGAGAUUGAAAAAACUUUGCAGAGUAUUUCGAACAUACGAAAGACUUCUUGUUUUGAAAUUUGGGUUAUUCUGUGGAUACAGGUCUCAAAUGCUUUUCAUUAUGGAGAUGUUGGCAUGUGUUCCUUCCCUUGAAAGGGUUAUCUUUAUGGGCAACUGUAUGUAUGGGUAUGAGAGCUACAAGAAGCAUGAGAUCAUGGAGGAAGUGUUGUGUUUUCCGCGUGCAUCUAUUAAAGCAAAAAUUGUUUAUUAGCAGCUUAACUUUCCAAGUUGUUGAAUGGAAGGUAGUCUUUUGCAUGUGCAUUAAUGGUACUGUUAUGUUAAGCACUGCUGCACUGAGGAUGUAAGGAUAUUAUGUUUUUAAUUUGUGCAAAAAAUUGUAAGAAAGAGAUGAUACUUUUUAUCAAAAGGUUCACGUAUGCAGUGUUAUAGUACAAGUUUUUUGUAUAUAUGAGGAUGCAUAUCUGGCUGGAGUGAUGCCCAAACAGAAAGUAAAAGUAUUAAAAUUAGC